CCGCACUUGUGCGAACGUCGGAGUGUUUACAAUUGACGACUUUUAAAUUACUUAUCGUCUUGAUCAUUGAACGUUUUUUUUAGCUCAUCUUUUAAUAAUGAUGUCUGGAUGAGUGCGCGUUUAUACAAAGGAAAGUGCGAAAGGAGUCCAGAGGGGGCGAAGGCUGCUCCCUACAUCCAGGACAUGGAGCUGAGGGAGGAAUGGCAGGAUGAGGAGUUCCCCAGGUAUUUUGUAUUUUCCCCCUAGACCGCUUCCUGAAGAUGCCCAUAGUCCUGAGACCCCAGGAGAAAAUGCAGAGAGACCAGCUCCACCCACCAGCCUGGCCCUUUCAGGAAACCCCAUAAGGAAGAAGCGUCUGGUGGCGCCCACCCUCAGCCUGACCCUGUCCCGCACCGACUCAGCAGACCGCAGUGUGAAGUCGGGGGACACCGGGUACUCCGCCGCCGCUCUCUCACCCGACGAAGACGACACGGACCUGGACAUCAACCUGGAGGCCCUGGAGACGCCCUCAGACAGCGAGUCCUGCAACUUCCCUGACAGCAUGCACGAACUGGAGUGGGAGGAUGACCUGCCGCGGCUGGGCCGGGGGGAGGAUGGUGUCUCAGGCACCACGGUGAUGGAGCAGGCAGAGAUGGGCUCCAUGGAGCUAGACCAGGUGGACAACAGGGGGCGCCGCUGGAGAAGGUUCUGCGUGGCAGGACAGGAGUACCACGUCAACAUGAGUGUCCUGGAGCCAUACCUCCAGGUGCUGUCCCACGGAGGUAUGCCUAUGGGUUUCCUAGGUUACUACGGGCAGGCUAUGAAUGCCAUCAUCAUGUUCUCCUCCUGUUACCUACCAGAGAACACGGUGGAGAACUAUGAGUACGUCAUGGACAAUCUCUUCAGGUACAUAGUGGGCACGCUGGACCUGAUGGUGUCAGAAGGCUAUGUCAUGGUGUACCUGUGCAGCAUGGCACCCAGGAAUAAGAUGCCCGCCAUCAAAUGGCUGCGACAGUGUUACACCUCCAUUGACAGAAGGUUGAGGAAGGAUCUGAAGGGACUCUUUGUAGUCCACCCUGCCUGGUACAUCAAAGCACUCAUCACUGUCGUCAAGCCUUUCAUCAGUGAGAAGUUCAGCCGGAAGAUCCGCUUCAUUCACAGCCUGCAGGAGCUGUCCGAGUACAUCCCCAUGGAACGCCUGCAGAUUCCCGACAGCAUCCGAGAGUAUGAUGCGAGGAUGAACGGAUGAGGUGAGGCACAUAUCGUGGGAAGCCAAAGAGCGGACAUUUUGAGUGGAAAGGCGAAGGAGGGGACGACAGCGGACGAUCAGGAACCAUGGAAGUUCAAAGGUUAACUAGUCUAAAUGUCACCCUGCAGGUAUGCUUGGACGUGCAGCACUUUUGUUGUACAGAAAAUGAAAAACGUUCAGUUUGUACAGACACACCUUUUAUUUAUUCAUCGUUGAAUGUAAUGUCACUAAAGAAGUUCACUACCCCAAGCCAAUGGCUUUGCAACAGUUUCAUAACUACCCCUAUUUUGUGGUACUUGAAUGCAACCCUGUCAUAUGUAUUGAUGCCAGAGUGAUUUGUGAGACCUGUCAUCAAGGGGCAACCUACAGUCCGUUUGAACACAACAUUUACUGCUACAUUAUUUGUAAGGGCUUACUGCACUCUAGUGCCAAGUACAACACUUUUGACUGUCAGGUAGAUGGGAUGUCACCUUUUAAUGUUUACUAGAAUGUGAUUGAUGCGCAACAAAUACCAGAGGUUAAGAUGGAGACACUUAUAUAAAGUGCAUUUAAUUUUAAAAAUCUGAAUUUACAUCAUUACAUAAAUUCUGACAUAUUUUACUGUAUUAUUCUGACCUUGGUUGUAAACCUAAGCCUUUUUAUAGCCUACCCUCAGAGCAAAUAUUUAUGUAAGAGAACUCUUGAACAACCUGUACUUUUCUAAUUGUAAUUUUCUAACCAUACUUUCUAUAGCUGAAUGAUCUUCUCACUUUCUAAGAGAUUUGUUUUAGAGCACUGCUUACCACAUGGGUAAGGGCUUUUACACAAUUUUAAAGGAAGGGGUGUCACCAUGGCAAUGCUGCAGGCAUUCAGGAAAUGGGCUUUGACAGCCACAGGAAGUGAGGUAGCUAUGGAAGAAGAAUACUGCUGCCUGCGUUUACUGUAACUCAUACACAGGAACAGUGACAUAUCCAUUAAUAAGGGAUGAUGAAAAAUAUUAUUCUGAAAAUGAAGAAAAUGUUUCUGAAAAAGGGAGCUAUUGAAUGUAUUGUUUUUAUAGUUUUAUGUUACAGUCCUUUAUGCUACCACUGCAAAAAAACAUUUUCAAUGUUACUGCUACUGAAUUAUAACAACACCAUAUUGGGGAUGUUUUUAAAUCUUCAAAAGACUCAUUUAAAAACUGCUGGUAGUUAACAUUUAUGGACACAACAACAGAUCUUAAAUACAUGAGACGAUGAUGCAUUCAGUAUUAAAUCAGAUUAGUAUUCAGUCAGAUUAUAUGGUGGUUGGUAUCGCUCAUGUCAGCUGGGUGUUCUGAAAUUAAUACUCCUUAUAGUGCUCCACGUGAGCCUGUUUUGGCAGAAUUGUGUUGCAUUGUGGAGGAGAGGAAACCGAAUGGCCUCUGGUCACCAGAGAUGGAUAUGGGGUCAUUUGUUAACACAUGACUAGAGUCUGGCUGCUUGUUUUUCAGGGAUUAUUUUGUACCCCUCUGUAUUCACAUCUUUGUCCCGGUGGUCUGUCUGGUCAUCAGUUGUUCAUGUAAAUAAAGUUGUUAUCACGGGAUUCGUCUUUGGGCUAUCGUGUUUUUGUU